UGUUGAAUAGAAUCGUGUUUUAUAGCCAUAGGUAUAUCAGCUUGAGUAGUGUAGACCAUGGCCAACCCAGCGUUAGCUUUACUUUCUGUUUCAGCUGUAGCUCUAGCAAUAUUUCUCAACUUUUCUAUUCACAAAAUAGAGGAAGGACAUGUAGGAGUGUACUACAGGGGAGGAGCUUUAUUAUCAUCUACCAGUGAACCAGGGUACCAUUUUAUGCUUCCAUUUUUAACAACAUUUAGAUCUGUACAGACUACCCUACAAACAGAUGAAGUUAAAAAUGUACCAUGUGGAACCAGUGGUGGUGUGAUAAUUUAUUUUGAAAGAAUUGAAGUAGUAAAUAAAUUAGACAGAGCUAUAGUAUAUGAAACAGUAAGAAACUAUACAGCAGAUUAUGAUAAAACUUUGAUUUAUAAUAAAAUUCACCAUGAAUUGAAUCAGUUUUGUUCUGUUCACAAUUUACAAGAAGUUUAUAUUGAUCUCUUCGAUCAAAUAGAUGAGAAUUUGAAGAAAGCGUUACAGUUAGAUUUAAACGUGAUGGCUCCUGGUUUAAUGGUACAAGCUGUUCGAGUUACAAAACCUAAAAUACCUGAGUCCAUCAGGAAAAAUUACGAAGCUAUGGAAGGAGAAAAAACAAAGUUAUUGAUAGCUAUACAGAAACAAAAAUUAGUUGAAAAAGAGGCAGAAACAGAGAGAAAAAAAGCUGUCAUAGAGGCUGAGAAAGUAGCGUUAGUGGCAAAGAUUCAGUGGGAACAGAAAGUUAUGGAAAAAGAGUCUGAGAAACGGAUGUCUGAAAUUGAAGAUUCAGCGAAUACAGCGAGAGCUAAAGCCAAGGCUGAUGCUGAAUUUUAUAAAACACAAAAAGAAAUAGAAUCAAAUAAACUAAAACUUACAAAAGAAUUUUUAGAAUUUACAAAAUAUGAAUCCAUAUCAAAAAAUACAAAAAUAUAUUUCGGCAAUUCCAUACCAGGAAUAUUUUCUGAUAAAGUGGAACCUCAGGAAAUUGCCAAAGUUGUGGGGGAGAGGAAGUAA